UUCUGGCUCGCUCUCUCUGUCUCUCUGUGGCUCUGUUUCUCUUUCUUGCUUUGGACCCUCCCCCAGGCUCCCCGGCCCCAUCUCCCUUCCCCCUUCCCCCCCUCAUUCCCUCCGUCCCCCUCUCUCCCCGGCGAUGACCAGGUCUGGCUGGGGCGCUAUGACUCGUUUGAGGAUAAAGACACAGUCCAGUUCCUCCAGGUCAGUGACAGCUUCCCACACCCUGACUUCAAGCUGAGCCUCCUGAAGCAGAACAUCUUCAUCCCAGGAGACGACUGCAGCCACAACCUCAUGCUGCUCCGCCUGGAGCAGCCCACUCAGCUCACAGCCGCCGUGCAGGUGCUGGCCCUGCCCACCCAGGAACCCGCACUGUGGAACCUCUGCUUGAUGUACCCAGAUGGACUUCCGUGUGUGGACCUCACACUCCUGUCUAAUGAUGUGUGUGCCAAAAGCUCCCUCGAGAUGGUGACAGAGUUCCUGUCAUGUGCUGGGCCCUUGGAGGUUGGCAAGGAAACCUGAGUGGUGAGCAGCCUCUCUCCUUGUGUGUCAGGAGGUGAGGGAGCUGUUGGGGCUGGAGGAGAGAGAGCAGAGCCAGGGAGGUGGCCGGUGUGAUGAGGGGGGUGACCUCGUGUGGAAGGUGAGGCUGGGCAGACACCUGCGGCAGGUGAGGGUGAGCCGCGUGCUGUCUGGGGGAAGAGCAGAGGGAACAGCAGGUGCAGAGGCCCCGAGGGAUGUGGGCCUGGUGUGUGUAAGGACCAGUGAGGCCAGUGUGGGUGCAGCCCAGCGAGCAGGGGAGAGGGCGGGAGGUGACGGCUCGGGGAACAAAGGACCGGUCCUGCGGGGCCUCCCUGGGGCCACGGGGAGGACUUUGCUCUUCCUCUGAGGGGCCCGAGAGGGGCGGGUGGUGCUGAGCAGGAGCAGGACAGGGUCUGGGUUGGGUGUUCACAGGCCUGUCUGGUGUCCGUGUGGGGUCAGCGUCCAGGGGUGAGGAGAGGCAGGGGUCCCUGGUAGGGUGUGAAGAUGAGGCUGACCAGGGUGGUGGCAGGGACUAGGGGAGAUGGGGUCCACUCUGGGUACCUCGAAAGGGAGCCCACAGAACUCGCUGACCGAGUGUGAGUGGGAGUGAGAGGUGGCGAGGACUAAGGAUGAUCCUGAGCUUUGGCCUGAGUGUCAGCUGAGCAGCCCCAAGGAGAUGUCUACACCCCCUACCACACAGACACACACACACACACACACACUCACCAAGUCCUACUUGAGCCCAGCGUUUCCCACCCAACCUGCCUCUUCUCCUCCCCCGGUUCCUCAGUCCACCAGCAGCUCUCCCUCUGGUCCCUCCCUCCACGCUCGUCCCUCCUGCCCCCUGACUCUCACUGACCUCCCUCCUUUCUGUCCCAUCGUCUCAGCCCCAGAUCAGGCCUUGUUCCCACCUGGACCCUCACCCCAGCCUUCUUCACACGCUCUCGGCCCUCAGUCUCUCUGUCCAGUCCGUCCCCACCUGGCCCAGGGGGUCAUUCUAAUCUCAGAACUGGCCUUGCCCCUCCCCUGCUCACCCACCUUCCAUGGCUCCCCAGUGCCCCGGGAGAGGAGGGUGUCAUCAGAGAAAACUUCCUGGGAGGGAUGACAGCGGAGAUGAGCCCUGAGGGAGGAAGAGUCCCGGAGAUGGAUCCUGUUCCUCCUCCCUCUGACCCGUCUGCAGGGACCAUCCAUGGCAGAACCUGGACCCUGCAUCCCAUCCCCAGGGGCCAGGACGUGAGCCGCUCUCCCUUCCCUUGAAAUCCCUGCCUACCUUCUCUGGGAGUGGACUCUGGAGACAGCCGUCUCUUUCCCCAUCGCUGGGGACUCGCCAUGUAUGAUCUGUGAGCCCAGGUCUGAAAGCUGGGGUCCCACAGGCGGACCCCGGGUCCCCACUGACUCUUCUCGCUCUGUCUGCCCCCCUUGUGCAGUAGGGUGGCCCAGGGAGUGUGCUGGUCUGCAACGGGGUCUUUCUAGGAAACUAUGCAACUGGGCCAGCCCCUAGAUACCCCUUCUGUGAGCACAGUCAAGUGCCCUACAGAAAACUGGAAACACUGGAAGGCUGCCUCUGGGGAGUGGACUGCGGGGACGAGCGGGAACACAUGAGUUAUUCGUUGAGGGUGUGAGUCAAAGCCUGAACAUGUGAAUGUGAAAGGUGUGGAGGGGCCCGUCAUGGAAUGCUCACUGAGAGGUCCGUGAACUCGGGAAUAAGGUUAACUCAGCCCUCGGUCCCUGAGGUCCAAAGGAGAGAAUGAAGGGGGAAGUGAGACAGAAAGACACAGACGUAGAAUGAGAAAUACCAGGCAGAGAGCAGAGGAAGCUGAAGACAGCACAGCGCAGACCUGCAGAAACAAAGAGACGGAAGAGUGUGAAAGAGACCAAGACACUUGCAAGGGGGACAGAGAGAACAGGGAGGGCAGAGGGAGCCGUUGGGGAGGAUCUGCGGCCUCUGGUUUGGGUCAGGUCCCCUCCCCGGGUCCAUGGUCCCUGCUCCUGCUCCAGGAACCCUGUACGGGGCUGUGAUCAGGCUGCCCGUGACACCCCACCCAAUGUGCCUGCUGUCCCCAGGCUGGGGAUGCUCAUAAGGCCCCCGGAGCCCCCACAGGAAGAGGCA